AUGUCCUCACCCAGUGCAAUGAGCACCGCCUCGUCGAUCCAACCGCCCCCCAUGAACCCGUCCCACAAUCCAUCUCGACCAACUGGUGCUAGACAUCUGGCACCAGCCUUACACGGUGCGUCCCCCUCCCGCCGUGCCACCGCAGGCUCGGCGAUCCAGACCGUCACCCCCGUCGAUUCAGCCUCAUCACGAUCUGCUUCACCGGAACCCCUCAUCCUACGUCUUCGUGGUGCACAUGAUGCCGCUGCUGGGUCUAGCACGAGCACCGGCCGAGGGCGCCGAAGACGAAUCACCUGGGCAGAAGACGUGGUGGAUAACGAAGGACUGGGCAGAAAAUCAAGCAAAGUGUGUUGUAUAUACCACAAACCGCGGGAGUUUGGCGAGAGUUCCAGCGAGGACGACAGCUCGAGUGAUUCCUCUAGCGAUAGCGACAGUGAUGCGGGUGGCAGCGACAGUCCCGACGAUGGCGGUGCAAGGAUGAGUGGGAAUCGGAGAGGGAGAAAACACGAUCACAGGCACGGGCACCAUCAUGAUCACGAUCGCGAUGAGCCAUGUGAUCAUGGAAAAGGCAAGGGGAGGAGGAAGCCCAGUCCUAAUGCGUAUGAGAGGAUGCCCAGGUAUCACGCGAAGCACGAAGCAGAAAAGAGAUAA